AAAUUAGGAUGCAAUCACCACAGAGGCAUGGCUCACACCCGACUUCAGUGAUGAUGAAGUUAAUCUGCCAAACUUUGUAGUGCAUAGGGAUGUGGCUCAGUCAUCCACCUCACGAGUUGCUUAACCGUGCGUAGCAUCGAAGCACUCGCUCACGAAAGUGAACUGUGAGAACUUCUACACUGCGGACUUAAAUGCAUAGGCCAAGAUAUUGACUGUGGAUUUUAUGCGUCUUCGUAAUAAACCUGGAUUAAUUUUUCUGGAUUAUGAGAACUUAUCGGAAAGCAACGAAAAUCUUCAAGUUCUCGAAAGAAAUCUAUCUACUGAGAUUGAUAGUCAUGAAUUAAAUGCAGACAGCUACAUCACUUCGUAUAAUGAUGAUAAUAAUGGUGAUCGUCUACUUGAUAUAAACACUUAUAUGUUGAAUCGGGAUGAGCUUACCAAGAGUGUUAUUCAGUCAGGAGCAGGUCUACUAUUUUCUGCAUCGACCUUUUAUUUUUUUAGUCUUCUUUUUGAAAGUUACUUUGCAGAACUAAACUAUUUAAGCAAAGAAGUCAUUAGAGCGACUGAGAAACUUUCACGCGUUGGAAAUUUAAUGAAAGUGUCAGUGAGUAUACUUGCAUAA